AUGUCUCCAGAUGCAGUCACCACGGCCUCCGGCAUUGCCGUUGCAAAUUACUGGGAGCAAGCUUUCGCCUGGAUCUGUCACACGGUGCCUCUGCACGUGAGAGCCAAUAUCAUCGUUCACAAUUCUGUCAUCGGCAGCUGUUCUGCUACGGCGCAGUGGCGACAGACGCUUUCCCUCCAGAAUCGAGUGCGAGAUCGAGGAAACCAGCCAGAUCCGGUCACUGCAAACCUACUGCUCUCUUCAUGUGGCAAAAUGAGUCGAUGGGGCACAGCGCUCCGGGUGACAUCCCAAAUUGCUUUCAGCCAAAUCAGGGUCAACAUCCAAGCCUGUAAUUCGAUUCUCAGUGCAUGUGGGAGAGGUGGUCACUGGUGGCAGUGCGUUGCAGUGCUGGCUGACAUGGCAAGGACCCUUUUGUCCCCUGACAUUGUCACAUACAAUUCCCUGAUGACCAUGUGCCAGAGCACACCGCAAUGGAUGGUGGUGCAUCAGAUUUUCCAUGAUAUCCAGUAUCACGGCCUACAGGCAGAUCGCAUCGCCUUCAACUCACUGCUUGCAGCAUGCGGGAGCAGCCAGCAGUGGGAGGCGGCAUCGUCCAUAGUCGUUGACUCGGGCAUCUUUCCGCCGCGUGUGGACACAGUCUGCAUGGCCAUGAACGUAUAUGGCGAGGUUGGGCGUUGGCAGUCUGCCUGCCGUCUGCUCUACGCUCUUCAAGAGAAGCGAGUGGAGGCGAAUACCAUCACCUACAACUCUGCGAUUGACGGCGCUCUAGGCAUGGCUUGGAAGAGGGCUCUUGUGAUUUUUGGUGAUCUUGUGGCCGCAGGUUUGCAGACCAGUGUGGUUUCGAUCACCUGCGCCGUCGCGGGCGUUGGGGCUCACCAGUGGCAGGCAGCGGCUCAGAUCACCGACGCAUCUGCUGUCGCGCCAUGCAAUGCACUCAUGGCAGCCUGUGGAAGCCUCGCGCAGUGGCAGAGCUGCCUCAGCAGCCUGCAGGAGCUCCUGUCGAAGACAAUUCGAACCAACGCAAUCACCAUCAACUCAUCCAUCGCUGCCUGCGGCAAAGCGGAGAAAUGGCAGCAGACCUUGCAGAUUCUUGCAGACUCCGACGACACUCUCACAGACCUUAUCACUUUCAACGCCAUUCUGGAUGCUUGCUCCGGCAAUGCUUGGCAGGUGGCGAUCCGCAUGUUUCAGCACCUCUGCUCCCAGCACACGCCGGAUCUGGUCUCCUACAAUGCUGUCAUAGCCUCUUUGGUGCCUUCCGGGAACUGGCGUCUGGCGUUGGCGUUGGCCGGGGAGCUCCCACAACGACGUCUUCGUGCGAACAGGAUCACCUACAGCUCUUUGGCGAGUGUAUGUGGACGAAUUCAUCAGUGGCAGAUCGCACUAACACUCCUGGAGCAGCUCACUGCCGAGCUUCGGGAAGGCGACUGGCACUCGGUGCUUGGCGGGGACGUGAUACUUUGCAGCAGUGUCCUCUCGGCAUGCGAGCUUGCAGGGCGACGCGGGCCGCUGCAGACCAUGCUGACCAGCUUGAGCCGGCUGGGUCGAGGGCUGCUCCAGGAAAAUGGCAUCUCUGAAGUGCCAGCUGUUGCUCUGCGUGCCGGUGCCAUCCAGCCGUGCCUUCUGCAGCCAUUUAGCCAGGUGGGCCUGACCUGGGUGUGCUCUUGGACUGAGUUACUUCAGUUUUAA